AUGUCCCGCGCGUCGGUGCGAUCGUUCAACGCGUUCGUCGCGCUCGCUCGAUGCGCGCGGCGGCGCGCGCAUCGACCGAAUGUCGCGGUGAGAGCGGAUUAUAGUCGGUCGAACGCUCGAGGCGGCGGCGAAUCCCGACGCGUCGAGCGUGACGACGGGCGAUCGGACGGACGAGACCGCGGUUCGGACGGACGAGGGCGUUCGGAACGCUCGAGGGUGUCUCCACAGCGCUCGAGUGGGUUCACGAGCGCGUCGAACGCGUUUCCAGAGGGUUUGGAGCGCGUGUCGAAGAUUCUCGCCCGCCGCGGCGCGUGCUCGAGACGCGAGGCGGAGCAGUUGAUCGCCGAUGGACGGGUGCGGGUGAACGGGACGGUGAUCACCGAACAGGGCCAUAAGUGCGAUGUAAAUUCGGACCGAGUGGAGAUCACCUCGGACGGGAGCGCGUGGUUGAGCUCGAAGCUGACGCUCGCGGUGAACAAGCCUCCGGGUUUGGUGAGUAACCUUCCGAGCGCGGACGAAGUCGCGGCGUGUUCGAUCGUGGAACCAUCGAACGCGUGGAUGCGAUCGAUGAAGUGGGUGGCGAUGGAUGAUUUGCGACGGGCGACGAGCGAUCCGUCGAGGUUUAACGUGUGUGGGAGAUUGGACAAGGACUCGCGAGGUUUGCUGAUUUUAACCGAAGACGGCGCGUUGGCGAGGAGCGUCAUCGGUGGGAACGGCGUGGUGAAGCGCUACGUCGUAACCACGGACGCGGACGUGAGAGAAUCGCACAUGCAGUCGCUUAAUGGAACAGUGAUGCUGGAUGGGGUGGAACUGUUACCGAUGAACGUCAAGCGUCUCGGUCGCGGCUCGCGAACGCUCGAGUUCAAUCUUCGCGAGGGCAAGAACAGACAGAUUCGUCGCGUAUGCGAAAAGUUUGGCCUGCGCGUGGUGGAUCUACACCGCGUGCAGAUCGGCGAGAUCGAUAUCGGUGAUUUACCCGAAGGAGCGUGGAGAAUUCUGAGCGAGGACGAGGUGGCGUCGCUUCGAGACGCCGGACGAUGA